GUCGACCGCUUCACGGGGCACCAUUUCGUUUUUCUCUUCUGUCGUGGCUUCCGAGAGAAUGUAUGGUCCGUUUUCAGAGGUCGACCAGGCCGCCCCCCUGGCCUGCAGGAGCAACGGCUGGCGCUACCGGGGAGAGAGGGAGGGAGAGACGUACAGGCGCCAGGCGGUCUUCGGCGCCGGGUACCGCCUUCGCUUGCCGUUGCACCGCGUCUACCCGGUGCCGGGACACCGGUGGUUCAACUCGCACCCGUUCGGCGGGGAUCCCGACCUCCGGGACUUUCAGGCCUUGGCGGGGACGAUGCUGUGCAGGGGCCUGGUGCACCCGCGCGACGCCGACGCCUGGCGGGUGGCCAUCGUCGACGUCGAGGGCGGCGGACUCGGACAGCUCGUGGUGUCGGCUGUGGACGAGACCUGGCGACACGGCAUCCCGACAUCUCUCGUCGGCCUGCAGGUUCGCGCCGGUGUCGCCUCGGAGGAUCAACGCUUCAAACAGCUCAAUAUCGCAUCCUUCGGCCACCGACUCGUGAGACACGAUCCCCUGACCGAUUUUGGAAUUACUUGGAAGGAGCGUGACCCGGGCGCCUGUCUGGCGGUCCUGGUCGCAGAUUCGUGGCGAGACUGUCAGGUGGAUCUACUCGCACGCGAUCGACGGAUAUUUGGGUUCCGUGACGUAGAUCCGCUGACAGGGAACUAUUCCCGCAACCUGUACUCGAUAAUGCUCGAGCGGGAUGUUGGCCCAGGAGAGCUAUCGGCGUGGCUUUCGGGCGAAAAACGUAUACCGGCCGUUGCUGUCCGUCAUCUUGAGGAGUGGCGCAAGACCACCAAGGCGCCAGUCGUCGUAUGGUCACGCGCGAGCAACGGGGCCGACGUUCUCGGUUCCAAGGACCAGCUGACGAGCCUCCGUCCCCGAGCGCUACAUGUCGGGGUUCGGGAAGGCCCCGUGUACCGCUUGGUGCUCGAUGGCCCUUGGAAAGAUCGCUUCAGCGGCGCUCGCGAAUGGGCGGUCGAUCCAUCUCUGGAUGUUUCGGUCGAGCACUGCGUGCGCACGAGGCGCCUCUUUCACCGUAUUGCCGAGACCCUUGUUCGUUGCGCGGACAUGACAGAGGCAAUCCUCGCCUCGAACCAGUCGGCGGAGGACCAGCAGACCACUCGGAAGCGCAGGAGAGGAGUCGAUGACAUGGCGGACAGCAAGAAGACCUGGUACGCACCUCCCGGUACCGCUCUGGACGAGCUCAUGCUUCAUCUCCACCUCGGUGGCGUGACUUGCACGGGUAGGCUGACUAGCUACAGCCACUGGGAUUCGAUGUCGUUGCCGGCGCACGGCAUCAUUACUCGAAUCUGGUGCGGCGCGAGCAUGGGCGGACUGGACGACGCAUCGGGCACAACCUACGGACCGGGGGACUGGCAGUGCGACAUCAACGGGGCGCACACGGCAGCAAUACGGAACAUGGGAAAUCUGCCGGCGUUCACCCACAUGGACGAGGUGCAGGCAUUCGACGGCCGCGACAUGGAGAAUUGGACGUUGUACGUCGCCCGCCUGGACGCUGGUGGUGACCCCGACGUGUGCCUGAAUUCUGAUCCACUUCGUAUUCUACGACCUGCGAGGACGGUUCAAAAGUCCCACAUACCCGGCCUCGUGCAGGGUCUGCUGGACCGGGAUCUAGGGGAGCCCCUCCUCCAAGACUGGUACGCUGCCCGCAGGUUCAAGAAGGGCUUGUUAGUUCGCACGAGCGGCUUGCUGCAGCAGAGGCACGCCGGCAGAAUCAACGCCGUCAUCGUCACUACCAGCGAGGACGCCAUAGCCGUGGGGGGUAAGGUCGUGCCCGUCCUCGGCGAAGUUAAUUGCAUCAAGUCGGAGCUGCGGAAGAAUGGAAGUGAUGGGGAGCUUGGCAUAGAGAAACUAGACAGCGAAGACGCCUACCUUUGUUUCGAGGCUAGCCGGGAGGUCCAAGAGGAAGCAAGGCACCGCUACAAGUUUUUUUUCAGCGACGAACUCAAAACCCCCGGCACUCUCAAGUUCGAGCCAGCCCUCAAUAACGCACCGUCUCUCGAUCGCGUCUUCGGUGGCAUCGAGGUGAAUUUGGCCCUCGACGAUCUACCCCUCGCCAUGAGAUCCAUUCCCUGCCCGCGGGAGAGAGAGCUGCGUGUCGUCCCACUAUGGAGCGGCAUCGGGAAGAGCUUCGGUAGCAUGGGAGCCGCGCAUGUAGCUUGGCGAUCUGUCGGCAACGACGAAAAAGGAAAAUGUGGCCGGACAUCUGCGCGGCAAACGCAAAAGGUGUCCAAAAGCGGUCUUGUGGGGACACCCACGAACAGCCUUUGCACGUCGUACACUGACCUCCCCCCACGGUGGAGCGUGAAGACUGCCGACCAUCAGCUUGGCGAGGAAGCCGCGUACAUGUCUCUCCAUGCGCUCAGCGUGGUCCUCGCCGCGACUCACAGCAACGGUGUCCACGUCGUCGGAACGUACGAUACGCACCAGCUGCAGCCCGUUCGUGACAGCAGCGGUACGUCUACGAGCGUGGACAACGUCGGCAGUCUGUUGUACAUCUUGGAUGCGGGAGACAACAGCGCCGAAGCGCAGUUACGAGCUCUGGAGAGGUUCGGCGGGAUCGAACCUACAAGGCAUGGCCAACACCUUUCAGACUUCCACCUCGUUUAUACCAGAUAUUGUGCCCGGUUCCAUGCUUUCCAGCAUUUGGCGAGAUGCAACGAGACUGGAGGGUGGAACGCUCUAGGACAAAGCGCAGUGGUGGGUGCACAGUAUCGAGCCCUUGGGAAGACAGGGAAGGUUCACAAGAACCACGCCUUCCACAUCGUUCGUUCGUCGGCCGACUCCGUCGUCGUGCAAAAGAUUCUGUUUGACCCCUCGGGUUCGUGUACGGUGCACGCUGUUCAAGGUUGCACAGUGGAAGGAAAAUUGGUGACCCACCAGGCUCGACAUCGGUUUUCGGACGUUUGUUGGCUAUACACAGCCAUCAGCCGAGCGACGGGGCCCUCAAACGUCCUAGUCCUCGAUGACGUCCAUCGGAGCGUCAGCGACAUGACCGAACAGGCCGGGAGGUCGUGGGCCAACAGGAAGGUGUCGAGUUGUCCGCGCGCCGAUGUGACGGCCGGGCGGGUGGACCACGGGGAAGGCAAUCAACACAAGGACGCCCUCAUCCAAGCGCUCGUGAGCUCCUACGGUGGAAGAUGCAACUCAUGUUCGGUCGAGCUCGUCUGGGCCGUGAACAGCGAACGGCAGCCGACGCUUGAUCGUCUCGACUGUGCCCUACCUCACACGCCAGGAAACGUGGAUGUGAGGUGCCUGAAGUGUGACCGUACCCGUGGCAGCUUGGGAAGGGGGCUUACCAAGAAGCAGACAAAGGUUGAAACUGUAUUGACGCAGAAAGAAGAAGCAAGUAGCCAUUCCGACGAAAAUAAUCGCGGUAUCAUUCACUUUGCAUGGAAUGACAAGUGA